AGCAUAUGCAAAUGAGAUAUUCACAACCUGAUUAAAAAUGUUAAUUCAAUUUAAUAUGGAAGAGGCAGAGGUACAGAUAUUGAGUCUUCACUGGCCUCUUGGGGAGAUUGCUAAGCAUAAAUUAACAAUAUUGUUAAUUGUUAAUUGAUUUUCUGAAUUAGACAGGAAAGUAGAACACACAACAUAAUUUCCAUGCUUAAUCUGUCCCACAUUUUUGGAGAACUCAAUUGCAAUGACUUCCUUAUCUCUUCCUUAUCAGCAUGGUGCAGCAUAUAGCAGCUCAUAAAUCAACUGUCAUGUCAAUCUAAAGUCACUAGGGCAAGUGUUGUCAGAGAAAAGCAUACAUCAAAAUUAAUAUCAGAGGAAAUUAUGGAUAGCCAUAAAUUCCUGACGGGGAGAGAGAGAGAGAGAGAGAGAGGAGGGCCGAGCAGGUCCUUGGUGACAUCUCCAAACAUGUCAGCACAGCACAUUGGACAGCACAGCCCUGCCCUCAGAACCAAACCACAAGAUCAACAAGGGCAAAGCUGUUUUCUCAUUGCCCCCCACAGCAAUCUGUUGUCCUUUAAUGAAGGACAGUCCUUCCUCGAAAGGUUAAUCUGGUUACAGGUAUCCACUCUAAAGGAUCCAUCACAUCUUCUCAUCUGAUACUGAAUCUUUGGAUUUAAACCUGCUACACUCCAACUAUGACCGUUUCAGUCUUCUCCAACGGUGGGUUUAUCCGCUCUCUGAAUGUCGUACUUCUGAUGUUGACUGGUUUGAGCUUGAGCAGUCCCAUCAGGUCUCCUGACAACCAUCACAGGGCAUCAGUCGGUAGGGGUGUGGGUGAUAAUCCGCUACUUGAUGCACAGGACUUUCUGAGCCAUUUUCUGUCCACAAUGAACCUCACAGAGCUGAGGCCCCAGCCUAGGCCCCUCGCUGCCCGUGAGGAGACACCAGAGUACAUGCUGGAGCUGUACAACCGAUUUGCCCAUGACCACACUGCUGUGCCCUCGGCCAACAUUGUGCGCAGUUUCAAGAAUGAAGAUUCCUCCCCAUACAGUAUAACAGCCAGGGGUGUAAGGAUACAUCCUCUGCUGUUCAACAUCUCAAUGCGCCACCAUGAGCACAUAACAAUAGCUGAGCUUCGCCUUUUCACACUGGUCCAGAAAGCCCAAAGACCAUAUGCUGGCAUUGACUGCAAGGUGACCAUCUACAAAAUACAUGAGGGCCUUGUUUGGACAAAAGAGGUGGGGAAAGAAGGGAGAAGGAGGGCUAAAGAGGAGGUGGUGGAGAUGAAGGAUUUGGAGGAACUGGUGACAAAGCAUAUCCAUGCCAAAGAUAACAGCUGGGUGUCAUUUGACCUGACUCAUGUGGUUACACUCUGGCUGAAGUCAGGGUGUACAACUCACAGACUGGAGGUUCAUAUUGCAAGCCUGGAGUCAGAGGAGGAAGGGGCCACACAAGAGGAGGGCGGGAGGUUGGUUGAGAUUGAUAUCGACAGGAGCUUGGAGGGGAAACACAAUGCAGUGAUGAUUGUAUUCUCAGAUGAUCAGAGCAGAGACCACAAACAGGAUAAGCAAGAGCUCAACCAGAUGAUUGAACAUGAGAAUGACCUUCCUGAAAACAUGAGCCAGCAAGCUUUCUGGGGGCAUGUUAAUCACAACACUGGCCGUGCUAACCAGGACAGGCUGGACCAACAGUCUCUCACACAACUGCAGUCCAACCUUAUCUAUGACACACCUCCCCGAAUCCGUCGCAAUGUUAAGAGCGAGCCAUGCAAGAGGACCCCGCUCUUUGUGGAUUUUAAAGACAUUGGCUGGGAUACGUGGAUCAUUCAGCCUCUGGGCUAUGAGGCAUAUGAGUGCAACGGCGUGUGUAACCCACCUAUGACCUCCGAGGUCUCGCCUACCAAACAUGCCAUAGUGCAGACACUGCUGAGUGUUAAGAGUCCAGAGAAGGCAUCGCGUGCCUGCUGUGUACCCACUAAGUUGGAGCCGAUCUCACUCCUUUAUCAUGAUAACGGGGUGAUCACUUUCAACCACAAGUAUGAGGGAAUGGUGGUGGCAGAGUGUGGCUGUAGAUAGUCCUUAAAGUGAUGCUAUUACACAGAGAUAGAGACUGUGCACUGAUGGAGCCAAAGAAAUGAUGAUCAUCUCAGAAACAUCUAUCUAUCUAUCUAUCUAUCUAUCUAUCUAUCUAUCUAUCUAUCUAUCUAUCUAUCUAUCUAUCUAUCUAUCUAUCUAUCUAUCCAUCCAUCCAUCCAUCCAUCCAUCCAUCCAUCCAUCCAUCCAUCCAUCCAUCCAUCCAUCCACAGUAUCUAAGAUCUCAUACAGUGGUGUGUAAAAACACGAGUCUAGACUUAGUUGUAAAUUAGGGAUGGACACAAAUCUGUGCUACAUGAUGUAUAUUUGUAAUUGUAUAAAGGUAAAUCAGUUAUUAUUAUUUUACUGUAGAGUACAAUGCUUUCAAGGUUAUGCUGCAAAUCCCUUUAAACACUCUGUUGUGAUUUAUUAUUAUAAUAUUUUGCAGAUUUUUGUAUUUUAGAAUGUUUUUGGGGGAAGUUCCACAAUUAAUUGUAAAUGACAGUAACAGGUCAUAUUUUUGCAAAUAUGGCAGCAGUGCCAUGUGACACAGUGACAGUCAAAACAAGACCUCUUGAUAAAUAUUCCUCUUCAACCAUCUUCAGAUGAAGUGAGCUCUAUGUCAUUAAGGGCGAGUCAAAAGGUUAAAUACUUCCGCAUUUACAAUACCAGCCGUCUGAAUAAUUUGGAAAAAAUGUAUUUGAGAUUUAAGUACAUAAAAUGUACCCUGAGUGCAAAGUUUCAAGGUACAGAAUCUAACAAAAGUGAGGUUUCGCACUGCUGGCUCACUUUUCAUCACAGACCUUUCUCCCUUUUUCCAUCUACAUUUUGUUCUGGCAGAAAUUAUUCCUGAAGUUGAGAAGCUCCAGCUUAUCUAAACUGAAAUGUUCUUUCAAAAGAAAGGGUAGGCUACCAGAUUACAAUGAUUUGCACUACCAUUAGUAUGCUGUAUGUUUUUUCAAAUAUGAAAAUCUCUUAAAUUCAGCUGUAAUUGAAUCAUAGUCUUGCCAAAUUGCUUAGUAGAUAUAGAUAUACAUGCUGCAGAUUUGUAAAUGGUAUGAUUUGUUUCUGUGCCCUAUGGCAUGUUGGAGCCACUGAAAUGAUUUAACGAAUGUGACAUUUUUCCUCUUAUUUGCUUGCCAAGCUUGCAGAAAAGAUAUGUUUUCGAUGGCUUUUGACCAGGAGAGGAUUUUCACGGUGUCUUGGAGCUCUUUGGGGCUUCUUGUCUGAAAAAUGCACAAUUUCUCUUACCCAACAUUGCUGUCAACUGCUGUGAAAUCUUUCUUUAUGCCCAUUCAUAUCCUGCUUUUGGUUCUCACACCAACAUUAAUCUUAUUAUGGUUGUUAAAAUAAAACAUCUGAAAACAAA